AGGUCUCGGGCCCUCAGGCGGAGCGGCGGGCGCCGGACCCCCAGGUGGAGCGACAGGUCUCGGGCCCUCAGGCGGAGCGGCGGGCGCCGGACCCCAGGUGGAGCGACAGGUCUCGGGCCCUCAGGCGGAGCGGCGGGCGCCGAACCCCCAGGUGGAGCGACAGGUCUCGGGCCCCCAGGCGGAGCGGCGGGCACCGAGUCACCAGGCACGACAGUGGGCUCCGAGUCAACUGGUAUGACCGCAGGCACUGGGUCAGACAUUGUAUGGUCUGGCUGGACAGCGGGCAUCGGGUCACCAGGCAUCAGGUCAUUUGGCUCGACAGCGGGCACCGCGUCAUCUGGCAAGGCAGUGGGCUCCAAGUCAACUGGUAUGACCGCGGGCACUGGGUCAGACAUUGGAUCGUCUGACUGGACAGCGGGCACUGGGUCACCAGGCAUCAGGUCAUUUGGCUCG